UAAAGUAAUAUGCUCCCAACUCCCUGAAAAGGUGACUCUGGGCUGCUUACAUAUCAUAAAGAGAUAUAUUGGCAAAGAAUUAAAAAUUUAAAACUAUGCAAAUUAAAAAUUUAAAACUAUGCAAAAAUCCAGAACCAAACAAUUUAUAUUUGAAACAUGGGUACAGAAGUCUCAAUUGAUUCUUGUAGAUAACAAACCUAGUGAAACAUGCUUUCCAUGUGUUCAGAGAGAUGCAUUGCUCUUCAGGCAAUGCACUUAUUCUUAGAAAAUGCAAACAUAUUGAUUUUGAAAAGUAAAAGAAUUCAAAGUUAAAAUUUGUGUGAAAACCCUUCUGUAGAAGUAAAUAAACCAGUAUAGGCUGUCAUCAUUGUAGUCGGAAGCAGUUGCUUCCAGGUUCCCUAAUGACUCAUUUUAAGAUAGUGCCUUACAAGCCCUGGGAAUUUCCUCUGACAAAGUCCAUUAGUAUAUAAGCCAGCGAAGUGGUGGAGCUCAGUCAAACACAGGCUUUCUUGAGCAAACACUCUUCUGGUCUCCAGGAUCCCAGCCAAGAAAACAAUUCCGUCUCUUGUCAUGGACUUCAAGACUGUGGCGGCAUUUUUGGCUCUUUUCUUGAUCUCUGCAACAGUGACAGAAGGAGCUUCAUUGGCCAGUGUAGGGCUUGAACUUCGGUGUCAAUGUAUAGAAACCUAUUCUAAUCCCAGCCUCCGUGGACACAUUGCAAGUGUCAACUUGAUCAAAAGUGGGCCACAUUGCAGUAACAUUCAGGUCAUUGCAACUCUUAAGGAUGGCAGACGAGUGUGCUUGGACCCCACUGCAAUCUGGGUGAAAAAAGUCAUCACAAAUCUUCUGGAAAAGGCUAAGAAUAAUGCAGAGACACAGUGAUAAGAAAAGCUUCAAAUUAUCUCACUGUUGGCAUCCUUAAAAGAAGCUGAGCCACUUCCAACCAACCUACAUUUUAAGAAGAGUCUUUUAUAUUAAGAAUUUUGAAAAAUUAUUUAUUGUAUAAUUUCAUUGAGAGAAAAUCAUCAGAAAUGCAUCUAUCGUAUGCAUAGAGGAAAUGUUCUAAUGCAAAGAUAAGAUGGGGAGUAAAGAUUUGGAAAACAAAAGACAUUACUAAAUGCAGUUAAAAUGGAAGCCCCAUGGUGGUUACAUAAGAUUGCCAUGAUAGUAAAACAGAUUGGCAAUAGUUUCUGUUACCCUCAGGCACAGAGCAACCUAUAGAUUUGCAUAUCUAGUUUGGAUGAGUCAAAGCCAGCCUUGGGCUGUCUAUUGUGAGAAUCAAUUUAAAGUGCCAAUCUAAAGAGGUCCAGGUUGAAAGCCCAGUUUGGCCAUGAAACUCCUGAAAUGCCUUGAUCUAGUCCCCUUACGGGAUUGUUUGGAGGCCAAAGGGCAGAGAAUCUUACAUCUUGUGUUGAGCAUUGAUGGAAACUCACUAUAUUCACAAAUGUGUAUUAUUCUCAGAGUGUGUCUACCUUAUUUAUUAAUCUAAGCAUAUGUGAAGUAUUAUUUAUUAUUAUACUAGAAUUAUUAUUAUUAUUAUACUAGAAAAUGUUUGUGUCUGAGCAUUUUAAAAUUAUAAUGUUUAUGUUGAGGGAACCAGAUAUUUGAAAGAGUGUUUAUAGUGAAUUUUUAUGUGAAAAACUCUUUACCCAGAAGAGACAUCUGGAACUUUCACAGCCAUAAGAUGAUCAUUUAAGAUUUAUUUAUAUAUUUAUUGAACAAUUACUGAAUACUGUUAAAAUAUUUUUGUACAACCAAUGUGCAAUUAAUUAAAUUAUUUUAAUGAUGAAA